AUGAUGAGACUAACAACUAUUCGUAUUCUAAACGAUUCAUUGCUUUCGCUUUCAGGCUCCAUAGAUUGCAGUUGCCGCCAUAAAUCUAAUUUACAAGAGCCGUCUAAACCAGUGGUGAAACCUCCUAUACCAGGACCAAAAUCUCAAAAACUGUUUAAAGAAUUAAACAAUAUUCAGCAAGCUGGUUCAGUUAAAAUAUUUUGUGAUUUUGAUAAGUCUUUUGGCAAUUAUUUAGUAGACGCUGAUAAUAACUACAUCUUGGACCUCUAUACUCAAAUCUCGUCUGUGCCUCUUGGAUAUAACCAUCCUUAUCUUUUGAAGGCAUUUGAAGAUGAGCACAAUCUUAGGGCAUUGGUAAAUCGGCCCGCUCUCGGCGUUUUUCCAGCUUGUGAUUGGCCUAAAACACUAAGAGAUACUUUACUAGCAAUUUCCCCUCCUGGCCUAUGUAACGUAUUUACCAUGAUGUGCGGUGCAUGUUCAAAUGAAAAUGCAAUGAAAGCUGCUUGCAUAAACUUUUGCUCAAAAGCAAGAUCUGGCAAAAAAACAUUUGGCACUCCCGAGUUAAUCUCAGUGAUGUCAAAUGAACCACCAGGAUCACCGUCGCUUACUAUUUUAUCAUUUAAGGGAGCAUUCCAUGGUCGUACAAUGGGCGCAUUAACAACUACAAGGUCUAAAGCACUUCACAAGUUAGACAUUCCCGCUUUUCCGUGGGGUUUGGGGCCUACUUUCCCUAGAUACCAAUACCCUCUAAACGAAUUUACCAGAGAAAAUAAGAAGGAAGAUGAGAAGUCUCUUGCGGAAGUAGCUGCUGCUAUAAAUAAAUUUAAAAAGAACAGACCCGUAGCAGCAUUAAUAGUUGAACCAAUACAGGGUGAAGGAGGUGAUAAUGAAGCUUCUCCAGAGUUUUUCCGAGCUCUUCAAAAACUUUGCAAACAGAAUGGAGUAGCAUUAAUAUUAGACGAAGUGCAGACAGGGUGUGGACCCACUGGAAAAAUGUGGUGCCAUGAACACUUUGAUCUCCCCGAACCUCCAGACAUGGUUACAUUUAGUAAAAAAAUGUUUACUGGCGGUUACUUUUACAAAAGAGAUUACCAUCCGCCGCACGCAUUUAGAAUAUUUAACACGUGGAUGGGUGAUCCUUCGAAGUUAAUCUUACUUCAGGCUUUCUUGAAGUGUUUGAAGAAAGAAAAGUUGUUAGAAUUAGUGAAAAAAACUGGUGAAGCGCUCAGAGAAGGUCUUCUAAACAUCGAGUCCGAGUUCCCGAGGCUCGUACAUAGUGUAAGAGGACGCGGCACAUUCGUUGCGUUUAACACUGCCAACACUGCUACAAGAGACAAAUUACUUUGUCAACUAUUGCAAAAAGGUAUUUUAAUUGGUGGCUGUGGGAAUGCAGGCAUUCGACAUCGACCAGCGUUGACGUUCACUCCCAGGCAUGCGUAUGUUUAUUUAGAUAUUCUCAGACAAACACUUAAAUCCAUUGAUGUGAGGAAAGGUGGAGAUCCCUGUGGUAAAUCGCGAUAA